AUGGAGCAUGCUGCCGCCCAGACUCAGAGCCUCUACUCCAGUGCCAAUCCCCACAGCACCAACAUCAGUACCUACGGUAACACCGUUUCCCCCUACCUCUCCAACAACAGUCCGAACGCCGUAAUGUACGCCGGUGGAAGCAGCAGCAACGGUGGUUUGCCGUCGCCUACCUCUGUCGCCACGGUGUACACCCCCACCACGCACGCCUCGGCAAACCAGGUGAUCCGCCAGCAGGCGCAGAGAACUGCGCAGCAGAAUAUGAAUCAGUCACAGACGAGCACCACCUUCAGCGCCUACGGCGGUGCUGCGGGCAGCGGCUCUGGCAGUGGCUUUUUCUACUCUACUCCGCCGACGCAGGCAGCGGGGGCGCAGCCCAUAUACUCUGCCAAUGCAUCUGCCGCUGCAAUGUUCCCGAUCCGUGGUGGAUCCACCUCCAUGUCUCCAGCGCAGAUGGCCCCAACCCAGAUGCUGACACCCCAGACCAACGUGGCCGCUGCCGGGGCGGCGGUGUGGACCAGUGCUGCGGCCAACAUCAACGUUGGCAGCAAGCUCUUCGUUGGUCAGGUCCCUGCAGUGUGUACUGAGGACCAGCUACGCCCUCUCUUUGCGCAGUUUGGCAGCCUGCUAGAGAUCAAGAUCAUGCGGGAGCCGAACGGCCGCAGCAAGGGAAGCGCGUGGGUGCGCUACGAAUCGGAGGAGUCUGCGCAGCGUGCUAUCAGCUCCCUCAACGAGAAGCACGUUGUGCCGCCACAGACGAACCCGCUACGUGUGCAGUUCGCCGCGCCCAGCACCAACCGCAUGUCGCAGGUUUCCCAGCCCCAGCCCCUCUCGGCCCUUAGUACCAUAAUGCCGCCCUCUGCAGUCAUGCAGCCGCAGCCGCAGCCGAACUACGCCACCGCAGCGACCUAUGCCACCCCGCAGGGUUACGCGGGUGCUACCACGGCGUACAUGCAGGGGCAGUACGCGACCUCGUCCAACUUGAUGACCUUGCGCACCCCUCCCCAGCAGCAGGCAGCGGUGCCGCCCCCUGCUGGCAAGAUCGAAUAUCUGCAGAGCAACCAGCCUGGCGGACUUAUCUACUCCACUACUUCCCCAACUGCUGUUGAUGCGAUGCAGCAGCAGCAGGCACCACAGCAGCAGCAGCAACAGGCACCACAGCAGCAGCAGGUGGUGUACACGACCGGCAGCCAGAUGCGUAGUGUAAUGUACACCCCGGAUCCGUUUGGCAUGACGAGUCAGAUGACUGCUGCGCCACCUCAGCAGCAUAACCAGUGGUGCAGCUAA